ACUUCCUUCUAUCUAAUCAAAUGUAUCGAGCCUUGUAUGCCUAUAAAAGUAGUCUUCCACAAUAUAUAUCGUUUCAAGCAGGCGAUAAGUUUACAUUAAUUGACAGUUCCAGAAAUGAUUGGUUUGUUGCCCAGAAUGGAAUUGGAGAAGUUGGUUACAUACCAGCAAAUUAUGUUGGAAAGCUUGAUGUUGCACCAUCGGCUAUUAUUAAAUUUAUUGAUGGUUCCAUAGAAGCAAUUCACUGGCAAGCUUCAAGCACAGGGACUUAUGAUAAUCGCAUGAGAGAAGCACUCGAAUGUUUAAUAUUGCAUCGGAGUACUGUCAUUGAUGACAUACAGCAUCAUUCUCUUGGUGAUGCUGAGCCGAGUCAGUCAGCAUCUGGCAGUGGCUCAAACCAACAUGUUGCAGAUGGUUCAGUCAUAAAAGAUGCAGUGAAUUCAGUCACAGAAACUCAAACCAAUUCGGUCACUGACAUUCAAGUUAAUUCAGCUACUGACAUUCAGCAUAACUCAGUCACUGACAUUCAAGUUAAUUCAGCUACUGACAUUCAGCAUAACUCAGUCACUGACAUUCAGCAUAACUCAGUCAAUGACAUUCAAGUUAAUUCAGCUACUGACAUUCAGCACAACUCAGUCACUGAGGUUCAAGAUAAUUUAGUCACUGAUGCUGAACAUAAUCUAGUCAAUGACUCUUCAGAAAAUCAAGACUCCUGUUUGAGUACUUCUGUCAACAAAGUCCCCGGUGCUGUGUCUUUCAUUAAUACCAACGAUCUGUUUAUUCCUGAUGAUCUCGGUGCGCAGGUGGUGGAGCAGAUUAGAGCAAACACGGCACUGAGUCACCAGAAAUCAAAAACAGCCGUAGAAAUUGUCCUCGGAUAUAUUGGUUUGAAGGUUCCACAGUUGGCUGACAUAAUGGAUAAAAUAUACUCUACUGUACAAACAGAGCACAGUGUGGUGGGCCACGAUGCAGUACGACUGGAGGUGAUCUUCUCGGAACUGAAGGCCUGCAAGGACGACUCACAGCAGAGAGGCUGGGCUCUUCACGAAGAUGAGUCGGUCAUCAUGGAAUACCUCGAGGAACUCUUGUCAAUACUGGAAAACGCCAAGUUGUCGGUCACUCGUGAAGCCAUUUCUGAGGAGCGAUAUGAAAUAGUUCAUCACUUGGUGCAGUAUUACCAAAUGGAGACUCGUUUGAAGAUUCGCUUGCUUCUGCUGAAAGUGUUUGGAGUGAUGUGUGGUCUGGACAAGAAGGUUAUUACCACGCUCUUGUUUUCUGUUCUUCCCCUUGAGCUUGCUCAGGAAAUACGCAGUAAAUCUGAGGAUACUCUGAGGUUAUGUCAUGUGACUCUUCUUCUGACCAUGAUAUUUUCCACAGGAGAACCUGUCCCCGCCAACAUCCAUGAUCACAUUGAUGGAGGCUUUCUUGGUUACCUGUUGAGUCUGAUUGAAGACCCACCCACACCUGAGCAUUCAGAAGAUGCGUCUGACCUGCUGAUUAACCUGAUCCUGGCAAUAAACCUCCACUUUGACGACAUCCAGCACAAUCUGGUCAUGGAAACGCUGUCCACGCAGCACAACUGUAAAGUACUCACAGAGAAAGUGAUGCUCUUCUUUAACAGAGGAGACGACCCGGUGCACAUGUUUGAUUACAAGCCCCAGCCGGAGCAGUCUGUGAUGAAGUUUAUGCAGGACCUGUACAGUAACAGGCAGACUGCCGACCUGCUGUACACCAGCGACGCCCUCGUUCUCAUCGACGUCAUCAUACGACAGCUGGCAGACCUGUCCGCUGGAGACCCGAUGAGAACCUCCUACCUCAAGUUAACUAGUCUAGUGCUGCAGAACUCGAAUUACAAUGAAAACCGACAUCGCCACAAUGAACUGUACUCCCUUCUCCACGCCAUAAGCGAGGAAGACGCCGACACUCAGAAAGACAAGGAUUUAUGUCUGUCUAUACUGCUUCACAACAGUUCGGCAUUCACCUAGUCUUCCUGUCUCGUGCUGUUAAAAACUUUUAAGAGACAGUUGUUACAGAGAAUUAACUAGGAGACAGGGCAAAAAGAAUCAGAACUCAGUAAUAUAUAGAGUUUUCAGUUAGACAAAAAAGAGGACACCUUUAAACUGGCUCUUUUCAGGCCUGUAGUAAUAAUAUCUGGAAGUUGGGAGCACAAUCUCUAAUAGAAGGGUCACAGCCUCAAGUUUUUAUCUUUAUUGAUAUAGUUUGUUUGUUGUUGUUUAACAACACCACUGGAGCACAUUUGAUUAAUUAAUCAUCAGCUAUUGGAUGUCAAACGUUAGGUAAUUUUUAC